AUGUGUUUUCCCGUCAGCUCGGUCUCUAGAAGGUCGUUCGUGACACUGUCUCAGUCCCCACCAAAGUCGUUUCAUAUCCAUCCGCAAAAGUUUAGGCAGCGAGUGAUUUUGAGCGAUGGCUCUCAAAUAGAGUGGAACUGCCUCUGCCCACAAAGCGAUGUUCUCACACUGAUCCAAGAUUCAAUUGUACAUCCCUCAUGGAACUCCACUAAGCUGAGCCAUCAGCGUCUUCUUUUAGAUUCCUUUGGAUCGGUCUCGAAAUUCCACAAAAAAUUCAUUGCGGCCAAAAACCAAGAUGCUUCCACACCUGCGUCCCAGAAAAGCCCGAAAGACCCUACUGCCAAACACAUGCCAGCGUCGGAUGUAUGGCAGGCGCUGGAGAACACUUUUGCAGCUCUGGGCGAAACAACAAAAUCCAGCCGUACUGGACGUCUUGAGCGGGAGGCCAUGGUUGAUCCGGAUGAAGAACGGAAGCUGGCCGCCAUUGCCGCCUCCAACCAGAAGAAAAAGGCCCAGAAAAAGAAAUGA